GUUUCACCCGAGUUUCGCUAUGGAAAGGAGCUCUUCGCCUAUGGCGCGCGGGCUGCUUUCAUGUGCCUGGCGUUGCCUGGCAAGCAGCACUUCGGCAAGCCUCCUGCAGACGGCACUGGAUUUCUGUCCCCUGAAGACGAUGGCUACGACAGCGUCAUUGGGCGCGAAGGCCAAAGGGGCAUUGACGAGUGGGUGUUUUUCCGCCAAGACCAGCUGCUGCUGUGCUUCCUGGUUGACGAGCUCGGCCUGGUUGUGGCCAAGGAGGCCGCCUUUGCGGCGAUCAAGGUUUUGCAUCAGCCGUGGCCAGAGCCUCUGGGGGAGAUUUCGCAGCUGCCGGCACCGGUGCAGGAGAUGCAGACUGGCCGGUGGCAGCGCCGUCAUGCACCGGAUGCCGGGGCACCCACCGAUGAGGCCGUGGAGAGCUACAGCACCGGCCGCUGGAGAGAUGGGCGGCGUCAAGCACAGCUGGCUUGUGGCUAA